UCUGAGCCGAGAAUGGUAACUUGUGUCGGAACAGAAGCCCUCACAUGAGUGGCAUGCUUCAUGGAGUUAUGUACCUUGCUUUGCCCCCUCAACUGCUAUCAUGGAUUGCAAAACCUUAAUACUUUUCCUUUUUCUCUUCACGUUUAUUUCCAGCGCAGAAUUCAUUAUUCAUCCGUCCAAUGAAGUUAACCUGUUGGACUCCAAAGCAAGCCAAGGGGAGCUGGGCUGGAUAUCAUCCCCAUCCCAUGGGUGGGAGGAAAUUAGCGGCGUGGACGAGCACUACACACCCAUCCGGACCUUCCAGGUGUGCAACGUGAUGGAAUACAGCCAGAACAACUGGUUGAGGACCAACUGGAUUCCUCGCAAUUCUGCGCAGAAGAUCUAUGUGGAGCUCAAGUUUACCCUCAGAGACUGCAACAGUAUUCCCAUGGUCCUGACCUGCAAAGAGACGUUCAACUUGCACUACCUGGAGACUGAUGAAGACCAGGGAAGUAAGUUUCGCGAGCACCAGUUCUCCAAAAUAGACACCAUCGCCGCCGAUGAGAGUUUUACUCAGAUGGACCUGGGCGACCGGAUCUUGAAGUUAAACACAGAGGUCCGUGAGGUGGGGCCUAUGACUAAGAAGGGCUUUUACCUAGCUUUCCAGGACGUGGGAGCCUGCGUGGCCCUGGUCUCGGUGCGGGUGUACUUUAAAAAAUGCCCUUUCACCGUGAGGAACCUGGCUAUGUUUCCCGACACGGUACCCACGGACUCUCAGUCGCUCGUGGAGGUUAGGGGCUCGUGCGUCAACAAUUCCAGAGAGGAGGAUCCGCCAAAAAUGUACUGCAGUACCGAGGGAGAGUGGCUGGUGCCUAUUGGGAAAUGCCUGUGCAACAUAGGAUACGAGGAGCGGGGAGUCGCUUGCCAAGCCUGCCGGCCCGGUUUCUAUAAGGCCUCUUCUGGGAACGUCAAGUGCUCCAAGUGUCCACCGCACAGUUACACGCACCAGGAGGGAGCCGUGCACUGCGCCUGCGAGAAAAACUACUUCCGUGCAGAGGAGGACCCCGUCUCCAUGGCCUGCUCUCGACCUCCAUCUGCCCCACGCAAUGUGAUCUCAGCCAUUAAUGAGACGUCAGUGAUUCUAGACUGGACCUGGCCGGCUGACAGCGGAGGCAGGAAGGACGUGAUAUUUAACGUGGUCUGUAAGCGAUGUUGGCUGGGUCCCAGGCAGUGUGAACCUUGUCGAGGAGCCGUGCGCUUCCUGCCCCGUGCCACCGGCCUCGCUAACACGACAGUAACUGUGGUAGACCUCCUGGCACACACCAACUACACCUUUGAGAUCGAGGCCCAAAACGGAGUGUCCGCUCAGGCCCCUACAGUUCGUCAGUAUGCUGCGGUCACCAUCACUACCAACCAAGCAGCUCCAUCCGCAGUCACUGUCAUCAGGAAGGACCGAACAUCCAGAAACAGCAUCUCACUGUCAUGGAUGGAGCCAGAGAGACCCAAUGGGAUCAUUUUGGACUACGAGGUCAAAUACUAUGAGAAGCAGGAACAAGAGACCAGCUACACCAUCCUGAGGUCAAAGGGCACGAACGUUACCCUGAACGGACUAAAACCCGACACCACGUACCUGCUGCAGAUCAGAGCACGCACUGCGGCUGGAUACGGCGGUAGCAGCCGCAAGUUUGAGUUUGAGACCAGUCCAGACUCCUUUUCCAUCUCCAGCGAGAACAGUCAGGUAGUGCUGAUCGCAGUCUCCUCCGCCGUGGCCAUCAUCCUCCUCACUGUGUUGCUCUACAUUGUGAUUAGCAGGUUUUGUAGAUAUAGCAAGUCCAAACAUCCAGAUGAGAAGAGGCUGCCCUUUGGCAACGGCCACUUGCGACUGCCUGGCAUCAAGACUUACGUGGACCCGCACACUUACGAAGACCCGAGUCAAGCCGUGCACGAAUUUGCCAAGGAACUGGAAGCGUCCUGUAUUGCCAUCGACAAAGUGGUUGGGGCAGGGGAGUUUGGAGAGGUGUGCAGCGGCCGAUUGAAGCUGCCGUCUAAGAAGGAGAUCUGUGUGGCCAUCAAGACGCUCAAAGCCGGAUACACCGAGAAACAAAGGCGGGACUUCCUCAGUGAAGCGAGCAUCAUGGGACAGUUCGACCACCCCAACAUCAUCAGAUUGGAGGGUGUAGUCACACGCAGUAAACCCGUGAUGAUAGUGACCGAGUACAUGGAGAACGGCUCUUUGGACGGCUUCCUGCGAAAACACGACGCCCAGUUCACAGUGAUUCAGCUGGUCGGCAUGCUACGUGGCAUCGCAUCUGGUAUGAAGUAUCUGUCGGAUAUGGGUUACGUGCACAGAGAUUUGGCCGCUCGCAACAUCCUGGUCAACAGCAACCUGGUGUGUAAAGUGUCAGACUUUGGCUUGUCCAGAGUGCUGGAGGACGACCCGGAAGCCGCCUACACCACGAGAGGUGGCAAGAUUCCGAUCCGAUGGACCGCGCCAGAGGCCAUCGCCUAUCGCAAGUUCACUUCGGCCAGUGACGUAUGGAGCUAUGGGAUUGUGUUGUGGGAGGUCAUGUCAUAUGGAGAAAGACCUUAUUGGGAGAUGUCCAAUCAGGACGUGAUAAAAGCAGUGGAUGAGGGUUAUCGUCUCCCCCCACCCAUGGAAUGCCCUGCCACGCUCUACCAGCUGAUGCUAGACUGCUGGCAGAAGGACCGAAACAACCGACCGAAAUUCGAGCAGAUUGUCAGCAUCCUGGACAAGCUCAUCCGCAACCCCAGCAGUCUCAAAAUCACAGCCAGCACCACAUCCAGACCGGUUAAUCUGCUUCUGGACAGGACCAGCACUGACAUCACUUCCUUUCACACAAUGGGUGAUUGGCUGGAGAGCGCCAGGACGUUGCCCUGUAAAGAUGCAUUCAGUGGGGUCGGCUACAGCUCCUGUGAUACACUGGCCAAAACCUCAGCAGAAAUCUGUCUGGCUGAAGUCAGACCAGCAGCCACGUGCCCUGAGUGGGAGCCGUCCAUGGGAAUUACAACACUUUAAAGCUUAUAGACUGGAUGGGACUUCAAGAAAGUCGGUGUGACGAUCGUUGGACCUCAGAAGAAGAUCGUGAGCAGCCUAACAACACUUGAAACACACUCAAAGAACGGUCCAGUUCCUGUGUAAAAUUAAAAACGAGCGACGGAAACGAAAGACACCUUUACGAGAUUGAUGCUGCUUUGGCUUUAAACAGACAGGAAAUAGGUAUUAAAUGAAGAGAGGAAGUGGAACUACAAUUCUUGAACACAUGUGCGAAGCAGAACAACCUUCCUGGAGAAAGAUCACGUCUUCCUGGGCACAAGGUGCAAAGACGAUGAGCGCGUCUCCCAGCGAUUGACAUGUUGCCUUAUCGGCGAGAGAGAGGCGGAUUAGGAGUCUGCGGUCACGCUGCAUGGCUCCUCCUAGAGGACGGAAGCCGGUCCGAUCCGAACGGAUUCUUCACGUGUGGCGGGGGAGCAUUAAAAAGCCUUCAGGAAAAACUUUGCAAAAGCAUCCAUCUUCCUUUUGGAAGGUAGCACUUCAGAGAGGCAAUAGCUUGCGCCCCAGAGUUUUGGUGGUUUGUAGAAAAGCCCCCUUUAAUUCUUCUGAUGGAGAAGUACAGCUGGUUACUGUUAGAGCAAUCCGGUGAUGCUUGUUAGGAUCUGACACGUUCGGCUAUAUAUUUGAUAAUAAACCGUUAAUCUGCAAGUGCAGAGAGCCAUUCUUCAGAAUCAGGGAUGGAGUCGAAGAGUCCUUGGGUAAACUUGCCAUUUUAAAGGUUUAUUUAAUGUAGCCCAUGACAUAUGUUUGUUUGUACCACUGUGUUCGGAUGAUAUAUGAAUUCAUUAUCAAAUAAAAAACAGUACACUAUAAAUAAAAAAAAGAAACUGUUUACUAGAAUCAGUAACAGUCUGUAAAUCAUAAUGCAUCACAUGAGAAAACCUGACAGACUAGAGUGCUGAUGUGUUUUUGUAGGCCAACCCAGAAGUUACUAUCACCCUGAUUCCCUCAACAAAAAGCCGAUAUGACUUUCCCAUUGGUUUUUGGAUUAUUGCAGAAAAAAGGCACAUUAUGUUCAUCAUUAUGUUCUUCAGAAGUCAAAAGCUCUCUGAAGCUUUCUCUGAAAGUUUGAGUAAAAGAGAGAAGCUUAAAGGGAACCCUGGAUAUUAAGACUUGUAUGGUUUUAUAUAACAUAAAUAAUGUUUCUUACUGAAAUGUAGUAUGAAACUAAUGAAAGAUUUACGUUAUUUAAAAAAUCCACAUCGUUUUAUACAUAUUUUGGACUACUGGGGGUCGGCGAGUUACUGGCGCUACCUGUCGCUAUUACCGCAACACAACUCGGAAAACAAAAUACUGAUACGAUGCCGCAUUUUGCGGCUUUUGGUUGUAAUUUUCAGUUGAGAGAAGCGAUGUAGAUCUUCCUAGCAAUGAGAAGAGGAGAAAAGAGUUGGAAGAUGCUUGUUGACUAAUAAAACUUCCUAAAGACCAGCGUCUUUGUUCUCUCCACUUCAGCCCUGAUGCCUUUGAGGCUUUUAGUAGACCACAGCUACCGAAAGAGCUUACAAACGGCAGAGACAAGAAACGCUAGAUGCCAUCCUAGCAGGAUGUAAACAUGCUGAAGGAGUUUCUCAGGAUGGAUUUCACUCAAUAUCCGGGGGCAUUUAGACUCUUUGUGGGGAAAAAUUAAUGGUGCAGCAUUUGGUUUAAGUCUACGCUUAUAUCCAUCACUUCCUGUAAGCCCUUUCAGAAGCUGUGGUCAUUGUAUCAGUUUGUUUUCCAAAUUGUGUAGCAAGUAGCACCAGUAGCUCACCAAGUGCAACCAUUUCAAAAAUAAUGGCACCCCCCCAUAGUCUAAAAUAUAUAAAACAAUGUUUUUUUUUUUAAAUAACGCAAGUCUUUCACGCGUUUUCUACUACAUAUUUCAUUAAAAGACAUUACGUUAUAUAUUGAGCCAUACAAGUCUUAAUACCUGUAGGGUUUCCUUUAAAACACACAAACAAGGGAUUAUUACUGAUAUUUUUUAUAAUGUAGAAUAUGAAAAUGUGAAAAUAUCUUGUGCCUGUGUUCACCACAGGCCUUAUUUAAGGCGUUUAACCAAAAGCUCAUUCAAAAAGUCCAAUAACAAUGGAACCAGAAGUGCUAAAAUGCAAACUUGUUACUGGGUUUUGGCCUACAAAUUUAUAUCAACCCUGCAAUACUCUAUACCAGUGUGAUUUUCUGUCUCAGAUAUAAUGUAUAUGAGGUACAUGGGCUAUGAACGAAAUAAAACACUAGCUUACAUACUGAACACUCACCUUGGUUAAUUCAGCAACAUCCAAAUAUCAUCUUGAAAAUAAAUCUGGUUGUUUAGCAUCUUUAAUCCAAUUAUGUGCAAAAUUCAUACUGAAAUCAUGAGGUAUGACUCACUCCGCCUCAGAAACGGCUUUUUUUUUCGUUCGUUCCCACAGAUCCUCUCCAUUCCAAUCACCUGAUUACAUUCUGGCACCACCUACACCACAUUUUACAAUCCAAAUCAGUUCCCAAUUGAUUAAACAAAGUUCCACCCUACCUCUUUUCUUAUUGAAUAUACUGGAAAUCUGAUUAAGUCAUGAUUGUCAGUUCACGUUGAAUUUAACAUUUGGCAACCAAUCAAAUAAUGAGUCAAGAAAGAGAAUUAAAUAACACAUGAUUUUUUUUUUUUUUUUUUUUUUUUUCUUCUAAACCAGUUAAAGCAAUAGUUCAUCCAAAAAUGAACAUGUGGUCAUCAUUUACUCACCGUCAUGUCAUUCCACACCUGUAUGGCUUUAUUUCCUACAUGUGACCCUGGACCACAAAACCAGUAAUAAGGGUAAAUUUUUUGAAAUUGAGAUUUAUACAUCAUAAAUCAUACAUCAUAAAUAAGCUUUCCAUUGAUGUUUGGUUUGUUAGGACAGAACAAUAUUUGGCCAAGACGCAACCAUUUAGAAAUCUGGAAUCUGAGGGUGCAAAAAAAAAUAAAAAAUCAACAUAUUGAGAAAAUUCUCUUUAAAAUUGUCCAGAUUAAGUUUUUAGUAAUGCAUAGUACUAAUCAAAAAUUUCAAAAGUUUUGAUGUAUUUACGAUAGGAAAUUUACAAAAUAUUUUCAUAGAACAUGAUCUUAACAUCCUAAUAUUUGCCAUAAAAGAAAAACAUAUAAUUUUGACACAUACAAUGUAUUUUUGGCUAUUGCUACAAAUAUACCCGUGCCACUUGUUUUUGUUGUUCAGGGUCACAUAUCGCCCCUCAGCCGAUUUCAUUGGUCAAGAAAAGUUCAGACAUUUCAGGCAGUAACUGCUGUUGACAAGACCAAUGAAAUCCACAGAGUUUGCGCUGAACUGGUUUGUGAAAAAACUCAAAUUUCACAACUACUUCCAGUAUUUAAUUAUGCUGGAAAUGGACGAUCAAAUUAAGCGUGUUGAUUUGUGGGAUACAGUAUUGUGUGCAGAUCUAUUGAAUAUUCCACAUUUUGCCAAUAGUAGGUCAUCUACAUUGUAAAAAAACAAAAAACACAAUUUGUUGAGUCAACUUAAAAUAAUUUGUUACCCUACUGCCUUAAAAUUCAGUCAACUCAAAAAAGUUUAGUCAACUUGAAAUGUUAAGUUGUACUAAGUAACAACUUAGAUAUUUGUGUUUGUUAAACUUAACAGAUGGGUAAGUAACCCAGCUGCCUUAAAAUUUGAAGUUGAAUCAACUCAAAUAUCUAAGUUGUCACUUAGUAUAAUUUAACAUUUCAAGUUGAAUAAACUUUUUUUUGAGUUGACUGAACCUAAAAUUUUAAGGCAGCCAGGUAACAAAUUAUUCUAAGUUGAUUGUUGUUUACAGUGUAGAUAGUCAAUUUGCAUACUGUGCGCAGUAUAUACAAUAGUUAUAUUAUAAUAUAUAAUAGUUACAAUAUUGUAUACUUCAGGAAUAUUAAGAGUAGUAUGGUAAUGUGCUAUUCUGAACAUUACCAUAUUUUCUCUGCUUUCCUGUAAGAUCAGGACUACAAAAUCUUCCAGAAGUUUGAUGUGGAGGGUUAAUUUGAGAGGACAGCUGCUUUCUGAUUUCACGGCCCACAGUCUUCAAAAUACAAGGUUCUUCAUUCAUCAUUUUGAGACUGAAUAUGGGCUUUUGAACAUUUGCAAGUCAUUAUCCAAAUAUUUUCUUAAGGCAUCCUGAUCAUAAAAUGAAAAAAGAGCACUAGUGGUGCACAAAAUGACGAUCUGACCAUGUACUGCACUACCUUAUGAAGGAACAGUCCAUUUUUUCCUCUACGUCUCUUUCAUUCUGCCUGUAAAUGUUGCUUUUUCCCUGCUGUUAGCAUGUACAUAUGUGAACCGGACCUGUGAUGAUAGCAGUGGUGACUCUCUAGAGGUACUAUCAUUUACCUGGCCAUCCCUUUGUACAAAUGUCUGUAUGUAUGUAUAAAAGAAUGAACAAAAUAUCUGUGCAACCUUUACAAAACUCAUUUGUAUGAUAUUUUAUGUUAUUUUGUAUUAUAUUUGUUUUACGUAAAAACAAUUAUAAUGACUUAUUAUUUAUUUCUUAACAACAAACCACCAUACACAGUGCAGAUUUUUUUUUUUUUUUCGUAGCAUUCAGUAAGUUAUGACAUGGCUAUGUUUCGACCCUAUCAGUGUUUUUAUAUUUUACUUUGUUGAAGAUGAUGUUUUAAAGAGCAAUACUGUUUUGCGUCCUGUUCCCCUUCUUUAGAUUGACGUGUGUGUAUGUGUGUGAGUGUGUAGAUGGCCUUGUCUACUAAUGUAAAAUGAUUUGUAGUGGAAACAUUUAUAUUUUUAUAAUAAACAUUCUCAAAAUAUUUUCUAAAGAAUGAAU